GGGCAAAGCGGGCGGGAGCCAGAGGAGUGGCUGUCUGGACUCCAGGGUAGUCGAAAGCCAGGUGAACAGGUAGUUGGCCAGGGCAGGCUUGUGGCACCGACCACAGCCUGGUCAGUCGAGUGGGAAUCCUUCCUCAAACUCUCCCCCAGCCAGCCUGACCCAGCAUGGAUGCCGUGGACGCCACUGUGGAGAAGCUCCGGGCCCAGUGCCUGUCCCGAGGGGCCUUGGGCAUCCAGGGCCUGGCCAGGUUUUUCCGCCGCCUGGACCGGGACAGGAGCCGAUCCCUGGACUCCAGGGAACUCCAGCGGGGCCUGGCUGAGCUGGGACUGGUGCUGGACACGGCUGAAGCGGAGGGCGUGUGCAGGCGCUGGGACCGUGAUGGCAGCGGGACGCUGGACCUGGAGGAGUUCCUGAGGGCACUGCGGCCCCCCAUGUCCCAGGCCCGGGAGGCAGUCAUUGCAGCUGCAUUUGCCAAGCUGGACCGCAGCGGGGAUGGUGUGGUGACCGUGGAUGACCUCCGGGGGGUGUACAGUGGCCGCGCCCACCCCAAGGUACAAAGUGGGGAGUGGACCGAGGAGGAGGUGCUCCGCCGCUUCCUGGACAACUUCGACUCCUCCGAGAAGGACGGGCAGGUCACACUGGCUGAAUUCCAGGACUACUACAGCGGUGUGAGCGCCUCCAUGGACACAGAUGAGGAGUUUGUGGCCAUGAUGACCAGCGCCUGGCAGCUGUGAGCCAUCAUGCACGUUUGCUCAGCCAGCCCCACUGUAGCGUAGGACCCCCACCCUGGCCCUUUCUCACCUAGGCAGCCCCCAAGGCGGAGGCCACAGGACCAGCUGGGCCAGGUCUCAGAGGACCUGGCUUGGCCACUAGAUGCAAGUAGGACAAAGGUUCCGAGAAUGGGUCACUGGCUCAGGACCCCAGGGAGUAAGGCCCUCCCAGUCCGUGCUGUGCAGACCUCAGGCCUCACAAAGCUCUGCAGUUGCCCCUCCUCACUAGGCUUCCUCUUGGUUCUGCUCAGUGAAUCUUUGGCCCUGCUAGCACCCCCACCUACCCCUCCCACCACUUGAGAUUGCACCCCCACCCUAAAGCCAGGGGCCGGGAAGCAAACAGCUCUUCUGUGAAGCAAAGCUCAGCAUGGAGGCGGCUAGUCUUGGAAGGCAGCCAAGCUCGGUCACCUGCCUGGUGGACCUGGAGUGUGGGGCAGGGGCCAGGG